AAUCUGCCACUGGUAGAAGGUUCAAUCGGCUAUAAGGCGUAUAUCUCGCCUUUAUCGUUAAGUUUCUCAUGUUAUUUGUUUAAUGUCACGAAUCCCGACGAAAUAAUGCGCGGAGAAAAGCCGAAUCUGGUCGAACAUGGACCUUACGUAUACAACGAGAACUUCCAAAGAUAUGUGCAAGAAAUAGACGAGGAAAUGGACGAAAUAACAUACGUUACAAGAACAAUGUACACUUUCAACAAGGAAAAAAGCGUGAAAGAAUCUAGUCGCGAUAAAGUCACGAUACUAAAUCCGUUAUACGUGGGCUUCGUGAACGCGCUAUCGGGCCUACCUCCAAAUUUUAUGCAACAAUACGGAAAUCACUUGCCCAAAUUAUUUCCAAAUCGCAGUAGUAUAUUUAUGAAGGCUCGCGGCACCGACAUACUCUUCAACGGAGUAAAGGUAACAUGCAACAGAGUCAAGUAUCCUGACUUGAAGCUCAUAUGCAUGCAGUUGGCGAGUAGUAAACGGCCACCGGUCUUACGAGCGACCGACGAAGACGAUGUCUAUCUGUUCAGUUUGUUCCAAAAG